AUGACAACCUCCAUACACUUCAUCGUUGUAGUAAUACUCAUUUAUAUGAUCACGAUCAACGCUGCUGCCAUCUCUGCCACGGUAACAACCCUGACACCGCCAAAGUUCCCUGCCAUUAUCGUCUUCGGCGAUUCCACCGUAGAUACUGGCAAUAACAACUAUAUCAAAUCAUUGUUUAAAGCUAAUAUGCCUCCGUACGGUGAAAACUUUCCCGGCCACGUGCCGACGGGAAGAUUUUCUUAUGGAAAACUUGUUCCCGAUUUCAUCGCGUCGUUUCUAAGGAUCAAAGACGAAGUCCCGCCGUUUUUGAAGCCAACUCUGUCGGAAAAUGAGCUCCGAACAGGCGUUAGCUUCGCCUCAGCAGGAUCAGGGUUCGAUGAUUUAACUACUAGGGUAUCCAAUGUGAUCCCGGUUUCAAAACAAGUUGAUAUGUUCAAGAGUUACGUAGAGAAGCUUAAUGGAGUUGUGGGCAAAGAUAAGGCGAAGAACAUCAUCGGUGAAGCUCUGGUAAUAAUCAGCACAGGAACUAAUGAUUUUGUUUUCAAUUUCUUCGAUAUUCCGACCAGACGAUUGGAGUUCGACAUUGAUGGAUACCAACUCAAAAAGUAG